AGAUGAAAAAUAUUAUUGUCAACCUAAUCAUCAUAAAUGAUCGUCACCAUCCAGCAACUCAUUCGUAUCCCUAUCCAUGUAAAUGGAUGUAACUCACCUCACGCACCAUACAGUAAAGAGAUUAGYAACAGACAAAGACGAUCUAGCAUUUUCUAAUGGUUGUGUCCGAUCAUAAUUGGAUCCAACAAUACACUUCGUUGGGAUAGCACAUGUUAGUCCAGCGUAACCUUUGUGCAGCAAUUGGCAUUAUUUUCUUUCGGCAACACACAUUUGAAUUUGAACAGCACCGAUGGGAUACGAAUACGAAUACGAAUACGAAUACACGCCUCCUGGCUUUUUCAGCCGGCCAAGGUUGUUGUAUGUAGCUGUCUAUUGCUGGAUUGCGGCAACGGGUGGAAGGUGAGCGCGGGGUUUUUUCAUCGUGUUAUAUCGCAUCGUAUAGAGCAUGGCAUCGCAUAACAUCGUAUCGCAUCGGCCGCGAGAGAUUGUUCAAGAUUGUAACAUUUCUAUCGUGUGUGAGAGAGUAAAUUCAUCAUUUGCUGCCACACCGUGCUGUCCMUCUACAUUAUUUUGUUCCGAUACACCGUACGAUAACUCACACCAUCUUGUUCUGUGAUUCCAACAAUACAAUCUCAACGAUCCAACCCACUGCAAACUACAUUCGAUCACAUCAACUACCAACUUGAUUUUUAACAACAAAAAUCAAUCGUCACUGCGUAUUGCAUUGCAUUGUGUUGUGCUGUGCUGUACUGUACUGUACUGCACUGCACUGCACUGCACUGUACUGUACUGCACUGCACUGCAUUAUGAUAUUGUGAUAUUGUGAUACUGUACCUGGCACAACAACAGAUUCACUGCAACCUUUCUUGAGUCGGAAUCUUCCCAUGGUGGCCAAGACGACGAAUCCAUCGCAACGAACAGACUCGAUUCUUCUCAGAUUGGGUUAGCUCUAGCGAUCCAGAGGUUCGUUGGUGUGUUUGCCGGUUCGCUGACAGGGAUCUGGGCCGACCGCCUCGAAAAGAUGUAUCCGAACAGGGGCCGCCUGUUGGUGCUGGUGAUCGGGUGCUGCCUCGGAAGCCUGGUGUUCCUUCUGCACGGAACGCACCGCUGCCUCUUUCAGGAUAUGGAGCCAUCCUUGACACUGCCGAGUAAUAAUACGAGCGGCAGCGGCGACCUCAACGCCUGGGCCGCCAGAGAAGCGGGGGAAAGAGAAACGACGGUCGAGGUGCCCCGCCACUUUUUCCAGUCGUUUCCCUGGUUUGUGUCUUUGAGAAUCGCCUUUGCCAUCUGCACAUCGCUUGUCUUUCCCAUUCUGGACGGAAUUUGUCUGGAUUUUCUGAAGAAGCAGCAGCAGCAACGCAACGUARAAAUCAAUUGUGACAAAAACCAAGGAGCAGCUACGGACGACUACGGGAAGGAACGAUUGUUCGGAGCAAUUUCAUGGGCGCUUACCAACCUACUAAUAGGGCCUAUGCUUGACUACUGCAGCAAAAAAGAAUCGUCGGGCGACAAAUCGAGAGACAAAAGAAACGAGUUCUGGAUCUUUUACCCCUUGACGAUAGCGUCGACGGGCCUAUUGGUGGUCGCGGUAUGGAUUUAUUCCUAUUCUGUACAAAGGCACAGUAGACUUGGCAGAACUCCCGACAAUGCUCKUGGUCGAUUGCAAUCGGCCAAACAGAACGACAGCACAAUCUUUUUUCUUUCAGACAUUCCCUGCGAGGAWGAUUUUUUGUUCGRAGAAAAUGACCAAAGUGAUAGCGAGGGAGAGAUGGAGGACAACGAAAGCAGGGAUCUCUUCUACAACGAACCAUAUUUCGUUAACCCCGCGGCUGGCACCGAUGAGAGCGAAAAAGAAAGCACCAUACGGCAUUAUUGGUCGAUUUUCUCGAAAACAUUUGGGGMGUCUGCCUAUACCGUUGCCUUYCUAAUAUGCUUGGUUGGUCUUUCCUCGGGGCAGGCCAUCGUCAACGAUUUGGUAUUUUUGUUCUUCGAAUCGGCCCUCUCGUCUUCAUACACAUUCAUGUCCAUGACGGUGCUCCUGACUGUUUUCUUCGAGAUCCCUAUCUUCAGAGUAGCUCCGACGUUGCUGCGAACCCUAGGGACCAACGCUUUGUUGGUGGUAGCUUCCCUGUCUUACGUCGUGCGGGUGAUCGGCUACUCGCUGGUCCCGGCMGAGAUGGCGUGGGUGGCCCUGUUACUAGAACCCUUGCACGGUGUCACGUACGCCAGCAGCCAGACUGCKGCCGUAGAUUUCGUGUCGACCAAGCUUGACUUUAGUUCAAGUGACAUGGAUUGUCCAAGCAAAAAUACACCUGACAAUGGCAAUAAUCGUUUCGGAAGCCACAAAACAAUCGAGAAURKUGACAGCAAUCGCAGUAGGGGCACCAAGAGCUACCCCAAACGCAGCUGUGGGAACGACGGAAAGGAGGCCACCGGGCAGGGUUUCCUGCAAUUCUUUGUCGGCAUAGGUUCGGUGCUCGGUCUCGUGCUCGGCGGAUAUGCCGAAGAUUACUACGGCCCUAGAGUUAUGUACCGGAUCUCGGCGGGUGUAGUCUCGAUUGCUUGCCUCUGUUUUGUGGCAGUUUUGCUGUGCCCCGUGGGAAUCGCCGCCGCCAUCAACAUCGGCACCACCGUUCCAGCUAGGACCAGGACUCACAGAYGGGGUCGCAUACGGGACAAAACCAUUCAACAAACCGACCACGACAAAAAGCGAUCCACACAGAACGGUAUGAACAUUCAUAACGUCGGGAAGGAGCCGGUGGGAAUGACUUAUCUUUCGGAAAGCAUUUGAAGCUACCAAACUAGAGAUGCAUACGAAGCUACCAAUCGACUAUACAAUCUUUUACAGUAAUUAUCAGGAGUCUGUCUGCCAAGUCUCUCGGACACCGUGAAGUUGAAGAAAAAUCAGCCAAGUAGAAACCGAACUUGCAAUCUCAUUGUCAUACAACUUUGCUCUUGCACCUACACUGAGAUAUUUUCAGUAAGGAUCAAUAUUUCGCCAUCAUGUGAAGAUAUGGUUGUCACGAGGCUGACUAAAGGAAGUUCAGUUGGAAAAAAUGGGCUUGGGGUUGGUAAAGAACCAACUGCUAUGUUAGCAAAUUUUCUGGUUCUAGUACUAUUACUAGUAGUGAUGUUGAUAUUACUACUAGUAAUACUAGAAGUAGUGGAUUUGUUGCAUCAGUAGUACUACCAUGUCCCUGUUGAUAUUAGUAGUAGUAGUAGUAGUAGUAGUAGUAGUGGAGUUGUUGCACUAGUACUACCAUGUGACACAUAGUAGUACUACUAAUACUGCUAGUGGACUACAACUGGCUGAUAGUAGUAGCUACUAUGUACUGGUCUAUUUUUUCAGAAAUAAUUGUCCAGUGCUUGUGAUGACCCUGCUCUAGAAUAUGUAGAAUAAGUUCUACUAGUAUGCUUGAGCUGGCCUAAACUAUUCAUCUCACAUAAAAACUGUACUACACCAACCCCAACCCACACUAUGUCUGCACAGGAACAUUCUAACCAAUAGGUACAAUAAGAAUAUGAUGAUAAAGCCCUCAGCAAUCUUAGCUUGUUCGAGCUGAACAUCAGGUCUUUAAAUGACCAGCCUAACUGACAGUGAAAUCACAGCCUAUUAGAAUUGCUACAAAGAGUACAGUGAUGACAUAAACUACUAAACACAAUUAUUAAAGAUGUACACUAUUAGAUUAGGGCAAUGUAAAGAGAAGCAGUCAAAACACUCCAAUAUUGAGCUKAAUCCAACUAAAGAAGUGUGAAGUGUACUAUUAAUGUUGGGUGGAGUUAGUACUACUAGUACUACUACUAGUAAUUAUUCACCCCUCCCUGUUCUUCUUCACACAGCACAAAUGCAACAGCCAACAGCACCUCUCCUGCUCUGCACCACCUCCUAUAUUUUCAGUCAAAAGCAAGUUGUUCUUUCUUCACCACAAUCAAUUGGAAUCUUGUUGUAUUUCUGRUACUGCCUGUACCUGUUACUACAUACUUCUAGUAGUUGUAGAAGUAUUCUAUGAAGUUCUUAAUGUUCAUAACAAAAAAAAAGUAAACCAAGAUAAUGGUACAGUUUGCAUCUCUCAGCAGGUUGGAUUUAGCUGAAUAUUUGGGGAUUUGGCUGCUUCUUUUUAUGUUUAACAGAUAUAUUGGAAAUGUAUUCAGUAGUGAAGAUUGUGUUAAGUGAAAGUGUCUAAAAUAGAGCCCAUUUUGGCGUAUGAAUGCGAUUUUGCUAUCAGUGGGGCACUACUGGUCAAUUAAGGAUGCAAGUUACAGCUAUAUAAGAAAGCUAAGACUGAGAGAUUUAUCAUGAUAAUCUUAUUAAACUCAUGGAAAAUGUUACUGUGCUGUCAUUGUUAAUUAUUUGAGAGGGCAAAAAACUGCUUGGGUGCAUGCAGUUUGGGUGCAUGCAGUUUUCAUGUGGGUUUGUUGGUUUUGGAGCUGGAGAGAAAAGCAAAGAGAAAAAAUCMUGUAUGCAUGUCCUCCUGUGUUAUUUCCACAUGAUAAUUUCACUAUUGAUUUCACUGCACCCCCUCUUGAUAUCACUGCACCUCCUGAUUUCCUCUCUUCCUUGCUAUUCUCAUUUUCUUCUUUCCAUUCAACUGACUAGUAAGACCAACACUUCAAGCCUUCUUUGCACCUCAAGUGACUCAGUGUUCAUAGUKGUCUGAUAUUAGAGGAUCCAUUGGCUUGCUGGCACUUGCUAAUAGUAGGAGGGGAUCCAUUGAUCCGUGCCUAAGUUACUUCCAUUCACCAUAGGGAACACCUUGACUGCACUGAUAGGGGAUCCAUCAGCUGGUGUGCUCCAGGGGGGAAUUCAUUGACUUGCUUUGAUGUGCCUCUGCAAAGAAUGACAUCCACCAACUCCUCGUCUUGGGACUCCCCUAAGAGGGGGGAGGGCUUCAUUGACUUGCCUUGUGCCUCAGUUUCCCCCAAUAAGAGUGGGAUUGCUUCAUCAACAACUUGCCUUGCAAUGGAUCAUCUCUUUGCUUCAAAUGCUGUUCCUCUUGCUGCUUGUAUCAUUCUUUCAUUCCCUCACUUACACCAACAAAGAAGAUGGCUACAGUAACAGAUGCAAGAGAUCUCCUUGAGUCAAGCAAGUUGGCUCCUGCUUCUGCAAUGACUAUUGUAACUCCCCACAUGACACAAUUUGAAUAACAAUCAAAAACAGGCUAUUCUAUGCAUAGUACUAGCUACUGCUUCUACAUCAGAAACAGAAUGGCAAACUUGCUAAGGAUACCUACAAGAUUGCUGCUGAAGAAUUCAAAGUUUCUAAUGGAACUUGGAUGAUGAAACAUGCCCAGCUGGUGAUGUGUCAAGCAACAGGUCCAAGUGUGGUAUAAAGCCAAGAAAGGGAAGAAAGCCAAAGGGUCUUUCAGUUCUUCUUGAAGAAUCAAUCACAAAUAUUCCAUAGCUACAAGAAGCAAAAAGGAGAAAUAUGGACCACAUCAGCAGCAAUCAAUAUUCCAGUGACCACUAGCUUGAACCGUCUUGUUUGGAUUGGAACAAUCUAGAAGAGAUACAGCUGUACAUUGAAGCCUUUCCAAAAAGAAGCAAACAAAAUGGAAAGGAUAAGAUUUGCUCUGUCUCAUAUUGAUGACAAUGGUGUGGUCUUCGAUCCAGCAAUUUAUGACAAGGUGCAUGUUGACUAGAAGUGGUUCUUCAUGAAGGAAGUAACAAACAACACAUAUCUACUUGAUGAAGAGCUGCAGCUUGAACCAGUUGUUUGCAAGAAACUUUUAAGUAGCACAUCAAGAAGGUACUAAUGCUUUUAUUACACAACAGCAAUAAGACACAUAUUUGAUCCUAGAAGUAAGAAUGCUUCUUGAUUUGAUGGAAAGCUUGGUAUAUGGCCUAUUGUUGUAGAAUACAAAACAGCUCAGAGAUCAUAUUCUCUAAAUUGCCACAGGGGCACAGUGGAACCCCACCCUACUACUAGUGUUAAUGAUGUCAAUGAAGAAGAAGUGUACAGCAGGAUAAACCUCAUGAUUGAGAACAUUGUUCUACUAGGUAUUUAUGGUAAACUCCCAAGGGGCAAUGGGUGGAGAUUUUCCAAGUUGUAUCAUAAAGAAGGCAGGAAGACAAUGCAAAGCAGCAGGAGCUGUAAUGACCACAACAGCUACUACUACAGCAUGCAACAAUAACAAUUGGAAUAUUGUCGUGAAGCCACAAACAACCACGACCAGCUUCAAUGUUCUGGAUUUGGGAUUUUUCAAUUCUAUCCAGAGCACUCAGCACACGAAGUAGUAGUCUUCUAGUAAUAUGGACGACACAUCCUUGCUGAUUGCCACAUCAGCCACCAAUGUGAUUGGUGGUGCAUUUGCAGCAGAAGCCAAGAAGAAGGAGGAGUGUGAGACCCUAAACAAUGUCUUUCUAGCUACUAUCUCUGCAGUGUACAAUGGAGGAAUCACUUGUUGUUGGCGGAGACAACACAUAUAAAAUUCACCACAAGGGGAAAGCAAAGCUUGCUGGUCUAGGUCAGUUACUUCUUCUUGCUGUUGCUGUGAUCAAGAAGAAGAAGCAAACAAACUUGUUGUCUUUGCACAUUCAGGACAAGUACUGGCAAACUUCUUUAAUACUACUAGUAGUAGUAAGAAUGAUGCAUGCAUAAUUACUAAUAGUAGUACUAGUACUAGUAGUACUACCAAUACUACUACUACUAUGCUGGUGCUGGUGGCAAUGGUAUUUGUACUAACAGUAGUAGUAGUAAAGUGAAUGAUAACACCGCUGUACUUGAAUGAUUUAUUCUACAAAUUCUACAGGGUCAUAGCACACAGUACCAUUAUUUUCGAAAAAUUAGAGUACUAGUGCAAACUGUACUCGUACCAUUAUUUCUUAGGAACGGAGGAAUUAGUACCGGUACGUACUUCGGCACUUACGAAGUACAGUACUUAGUAUUCUCAUCCUGAUGGUCGUAGUACCCAAGUCAGAGUACGUAAUUGUUAUUGCCCAAGNGGGGUCGCAUACGGGACAAAACCAUUCAACAAACCGACCACGACAAAAAGCGAUCCACACAGAACGGUAUGAACAUUCAUAACGUCGGGAAGGAGCCGGUGGGAAUGACUUAUCUUUCGGAAAGCAUUUGAAGCUACCAAACUAGAGAUGCAUACGAAGCUACCAAUCGACUAUACAAUCUUUUACAGUAAUUAUCAGGAGUCUGUCUGCCAAGUCUCUCGGACACCGUGAAGUUGAAGAAAAAUCAGCCAAGUAGAAACCGAACUUGCAAUCUCAUUGUCAUACAACUUUGCUCUUGCACCUACACUGAGAUAUUUUCAGUAAGGAUCAAUAUUUCGCCAUCAUGUGAAGAUAUGGUUGUCACGAGGCUGACUAAAGGAAGUUCAGUUGGAAAAAAUGGGCUUGGGGUUGGUAAAGAACCAACUGCUAUGUUAGCAAAUUUUCUGGUUCUAGUACUAUUACUAGUAGUGAUGUUGAUAUUACUACUAGUAAUACUAGAAGUAGUGGAUUUGUUGGAUCAGUAGUACUACCAUGUCCCUGUUGAUAUUAGUAGUAGUAGUAGUGGAGUUGUUGCACUAGUACUACCAUGUGACACAUAGUAGUACUACUAAUACUGCUAGUGGACUACAACUGGCUGAUAGUAGUAGCUACUAUGUACUGGUCUAUUUUUUCAGAAAUAAUUGUCCAGUGCUUGUGAUGACCCUGCUCUAGAAUAUGUAGAAUAAGUUCUACUAGUAUGCUUGAGCUGGCCUAAACUAUUCAUCUCACAUAAAAACUGUACUACACCAACCCCAACCCACACUAUGUCUGCACAGGAACAUUCUAACCAAUAGGUACAAUAAGAAUAUGAUGAUAAA